AUGUCGGGUCGUGUUAGCGACGCAUCUAGGGAGAUUCAAGAACGUAGUUUUAACGUAUCAAAAAUAAGCUUCGAAGAAUCAGAAUCGAAGACCAGUAGACUUACUGCCUAUAAUUUUAUGUCAAAACGGGAAAUCUAUAGAGUCAUAAUGGACGGUGUCGAUUGCACACCAGAUAAUAUAGUAGAUUCCGAUUAUGUCACAAUGGAGGAUACGUUUACACACGCCGCCUUCGAAACAAAGACGCGACAGAAAAGUGAUUUGGUUGUGAAAGAGUCCAAAUCUAGGACAAAGUCCGCCAUAGAUACGGGUAUGAAAGUUUAUGCGACCACCAUCUCCCUUGACGACAUCUACAUCGAUCAUACAUAUAAUACUGAAGAGGGAUUCGUGUCGCAAGAUAUCGAUUUAGAAUUAGCACCGUCCGCAUUUUAUCUGCCUAAGGUUUAUCCAGUCAUGUCUUACCCACCCGAAAUAUUCAUAGUGCUCAAAGAGACCGAAACACAAUUCUUAUUCGAAUUACCCUCAUUUUCUUAUGAGAAAGGGACACCUGAAGCUAAUACUGUUGAAGAAGAAAAUGACUAUUACCAGUAUAUAACCGUAGGAAAGGGUAGAAACAGAAAAAUGGUAAUAGAAGAAACUCAAACGAAAGAACGCGUCUCGCAAUCUCGACAUACUCUCGCGACAAGACCGGAGAAGAAAAACGCUAUUGCGUUUGCGUCGAUGUGGGAUAUGCACGAUACUUACGCAAGAUUAGCACAAAUUAGGCCCCAAGAAGAACCAGACGAAAUGGUAUUGUACCAGUCAGCGGAACCUUCAUUGCUACGUAAAAAGAAAACAAAAGAAAUAACCGUAAGAAGAGGGAAAACAUUUGACGAAAUUGCUUCCACUUCAGAAUUCAUGGAUGCAGUCCUUUUGGCUGAACGUGUGCUCUCCACUCUAGAGUAUUCAAAGCAACAGAAAAGGUUUAGAGGUCUAAUGCCAAUGGAUCCGUUGUCUUUAGAAUUGGUUUACAUUUACACAAUGAAGCCAUUAUGGACCUUAGAAUGCGAAGACACCAUUAACAGGCCGAUAACAAGUAUAUCGUUCAAUCCUAGAAAUGAAAACAUAUUAGCCGUGGGGCACGGAAAAUUCGGACACGCUGAGAGUUACGAUGGCGUUGUUGCCGUUUGGUGCACAAAGAACCCUUGUAAGCCAGAACGUUUAUAUCGUUUUGACGAUCCACUCACGGCUGUUGCAUUUUCUGAAAGAAAUCCCAACUGGCUAGCGAGCGGGUUCACCAAUGGCGAUGUCCUCAUACUCGACAUCACUUCAUAUCCCGUCAAAAAGAUAGCUCAAAGUAAACGAGAUACCAAUCCCUGCUUUGAACCGAUUUGGGUGACGUCGUGGCGCUCUAUGGAGGGGCAAACGGAAUAUGUUAUGACCGCAUGUCAAGAUGGACGAAUCAAUAAAUUUGUGAACACCAAAACUCACGACUUUAUCUGCACUCCCAUGAUGCGUUUAUCCACUGUAGAGGGUAAGAUGAAAGGAAUAGAAGCCGCUAAAGCGUGUUUGAAGGUGGACGUCCCUAUAACGCGCAACCCGGCAGCCUUGUGCAUGAAAUGGCACCCAACUAUUGAUCAUAUUUACUUGGUGGGUACUGACGAGGGGUGUAUACACAAAUGUUCGACGCAUUACUUGAACCAGCACAUGGAGGUGUACAGGGCGCACGCGGGGCCCGUUUACAACAUGGACUUUUCACCGUUCAUGAACACCUUGCUGGUGUCCUGCGGGGCUGACAGCGCUGUUAGAUUAUGGUUGGAGGGUAUAGACCCCGCAAUUAUGACUUUAAAUUGUGCAUCGGCAGUAUACGGCGUCGCGUUUUGUCCGAUAAACUCUACUGUCAUAAUAUCCAUAAGCGGCAACGUUCUGUCAAUUUGGGAUCUUCGCCGAAAGAAUCAUAUACCGUGUGCGGAGUAUAAUUUUCCUAAUAAUGUUGUGCUAACUUAUAUAAAGUUUUCCGCUUCGGGCGAUAACGUUUUCGUCGGUGAUACAACAGGUAGAGUUCACACAUUCCACCUUAAAGACACACCCAUACCUCCGUAUUAUCAACGGCAACUCUUAGACGAAGCUAUCAAGAAGGCGCUAUGCACCAGACCACAAAUUCUAAAGCAAUUAGAGAAACUCGAGAAGUUUAAAGAUAAACAUGGUACAGACACAUAA